AUGGCAGAUCAGGCAAAUAGCAGCAGUGUGAGACUCAGGAAGGACAGAGCGAUGGAGAGAAAUAAGGAAAUGGAGGAGAAGAAGGGAGACAAGGGGACUAAGGAAGGCGCAGUGAAUGGAGAUGCAGCCAUGAUGGGCAACGGAGUGAUGGAGAGUGAAAACCCUGAGGUGAUGGAGCUGCCACCGUUUGAAAUCAUCACCGGGGACCGAAUCGACCCGCUCUUCUUCAAGUUCCAGUAUAAGAAUGUGGAAUACUCAUCUGGUCGGAAUAAAACCUUCCUGUGCUACCUGGUGAGUGAGGUGCGUGGUGCUGGUGAUGAGGCUAUACUGCGUGGCUACGUGGAGGAUGAACACAGUAGCGGCGACCACGCAGAGAACGCCUUCUUCCGUCUCGUGCUGCCUCAGUAUGAUGCCUCCACCCACUACACCAUCACCUGGUAUGUCUCCUCGAGCCCAUGUCCCUCCUGCGCCUCAAAGCUGGCCGAGAUCCUGCGAGAGCACCAAACACUGCGCCUCACCAUCUUCUCAGCCCGGCUGUUUGACUGGGAGGAGCCAGACGUGAGGGCGGGGCUGAAGGCACUUGCGGGGGCAGGCUGUAAGCUACGCAUGAUGAAGCCACUGGACUUCUCAUACACGUGGGAAACGUUUGUGGAACACGACGGCCAGCGCUUCGAACUGUGGGAGGACUGUCAGGAAAACUACGAGUACUACCAGGACAAAUUGGCUGACAUCCUGCAUUUUGACUGAUCCAAAUGGGAAGUGAACGAUUGGAGUUGCAGAUGGUUUAUUACUGUGUGCAUCCUUCAAAUUUACUUCAAAAGCCUGAAACAUUUUGUUAUAUCACGUUUUUAUUAUUGAUUUAAUGUUAUGGGGGGAGUAUUUUGUACUGCUGUUUAGCUGCAUAUUAAUGUUUAUAUAUAAUUUCUUGUCUCAUAUAUAGGCGUGUGCUGAUAUUACACUCUCAUGUCAUAAUAAUGACACCACAUUUUAUCCUGGUUUACAAUAAUGUCACAAAAUUAUGUUAUAAAAUGACAGUCGUCCUCCCUGCAGACUCCACAGUGGGAGUGACAGUGUUUAUUCAUCUUACUCAUGAUUACAGGAUUGUGUGUGUGUUGAACAUGGAGGAAUCGUUUACAUUAUCAGCACAGGACUAAUCUAUAUACCACAUUUUAAAGCAGUAA